AUGGCGAGCAGACUCAAGGCAGUACUACACGAGGUCAUCUCGGAGGACCAAUAUGGCUUCAUACCUGGUCGGCAGCUGGCAGACGCGGUGUCGGUGGUAGCAGACGCCAUUGAAGCAGGUGCUAACGGGAAGGAGGACUGGUACCUGAUGAUGAUCGAUUUUCAGAAGGCCUUCGACUCAAUAUCGCGUGAUUACCUAUUCGGAGCACUACGGAAGCUGGGUUUGCCGGAGGAUUUCGUGGGAUGGACGAUAGGUUUACACAAAGAAGCGGGUACAUGUCUGCACAUCAACGGAUGGACAGGGGACAAGGUGGCAGUGGAAAAGGGCGUGCGCCAAGGCUGUCCGCUGGCGCCGUACCUUUUUCUCUACGCGGUAGAACCGUUAUGUCAGGAGAUCAGCAGAGCAAAGCUGGGGAUCGGGAAGAAAGGCGUGGGGAAACUGGCGUACCUGGGGUAUGCUGACGAUACCUCUCUCUUGCUACACGGUGUGGAGCAGCUGGAGGCAGUAGCAGGGGUGCUGUCAGCCUUCGGAGAAGAGUCGGGGCUGAAGGAACAUCUGGCGUUCAACCCGAAUAUCCCCUUCAGAGGCGCGAGCCCCUUCGGGAACCAGAAAGGUGCAGAGGCGUUACUCGGCAUCCGCAUGGGAGACCUGAUUGUUAAAGCGCGAGACGGAACAUGUGAGCUCAAGAAGCUGGCAACACUGGCAAGGGAGCUCGGCUGCAGGGAGAAGGCGAAGUGGGCGUUGAGGGCUUUCAACGCAGCACCAGCAACCUGGAAGGAGAUGGUACUUGCAAAAUUGACAAGCGAGGAGAUCGUGGCUACGGUGAAGCUUCUACGGUCGAGCAACGGCGCAACUGGUGGUUUUACCUACUGGAAAGUGGGCGAAGCAAGAGGCGACACGGUGGAGGGGAUACUAUGCGAUAUAGGGGACAGAGGGCACUUCUCACCCUACGAGGGAAACCUCAAGAUGUAUUUCAACCUGCGUAGCGGGGUGCCGAUGUUCACGGAAGGGAGUGUGUUCCUGGGCCCCAUGGGGGACGUGCGGACGAAGCUUUUGCUCUCAGCGGCAUGCGAACGAGGGGAGCUGAUCACGCUGAAAGGGAUAAGGAAGGUGCUGGCAGACUCGGCCGGACCACAAGAAGAACAAAGGAGAUGGGAAGGACAGAGGAGGGUGAUCGAGUGGGACAGAGUAAUCGAACAGAGGGACUCCCUGGUCACCCCACGGCGGGCACGUGAAAUCCUCAUACGGCUCCACUGUAGGAACCUGCAAGUGGGCUCGAGGCUGUUUUUCAUGGGGGUGGUCUGCCCACACUGCCAGGGAGAGGAAACCCCAGAUCACUGCCUCCUUGACUGCCUGGCGGUGCAGGGGGUGGCGGAUGUGAUGAGGCAUGGACUGGAAAUAAUGCGCCCGGGCCUAGUGUGGCAGGAUCUGGAGGAUCUGCUCUUCAUGCAAAGAAGCACAAGGUCGGGCUUUCUAGAAGGGACAUGGAUUGCAACAUUCCUGCAUCAAGUAUGGUUGGCAAGAUGCAACGCGAUGUGGAGGAAUGAAGCCUUCCAACCUGGGAAGGUGACUCGGCAGGCGGUGGUAAAGUUUGUCGCACAUGCGAGGAUAUACUGCGCGGCGCGCAGAGAAUCAGCGCGGUUGAAGGGACAUGCCUUGGACAGUGACUUGGCGUACCUGGCAGACAACGAGGCAGUGGUGAUGCGGCGUAUUUGCAGCAGUGACCCACCGCUGGCGUGGAGGAUCGGCUUCAACUCUGUGUGGGACAACCCCAGGCUGACACAUCAGCCACCGUAG